AUGGCGACCAUGGCUAACCACACGCGCGAAUCUGCGCAGCCCGUCUGCCAAAACUGCAGUACUUCCACCACGCCGCUAUGGCGUCGCGACGACAUGGGCUCCGUUCUGUGCAAUGCUUGCGGCCUGUUCCUCAAGCUGCACGGACGUCCCAGGCCUAUCUCUUUGAAGACCGACGUGAUCAAGAGCCGGAACCGAGUCAAGACAUCUAUGCGACCUGACAUGGCCAUGAAGAAAAAGAACCAGGCCGUCGCGUCGGAUCCAAACGGUAUCGACCUGCAAAGCCAAGCCAAUGCCGCAACCGCGGCCCUCAAUGCCCGGAGAGCUUCUCAGAAGUCCGCAAAUGGCCACCUCGAUGGUACAGACUCGCCCAUCUCGCGCACUGCGACACCGAAUAUGUAUAAUACACACCUCACUAAUUACCCCGGGCUAGAAGAGAGCCAGUACCACGCUCAAGCGCUGUCCAACUUUGGUGUGACUGGCGCAUCUCCCCGCGACGGCUCACCUCUGAAUGGCGAGCACGGUAUCCAGACCCAGGAGCAGCUGAUUGCGGUUAAUGCUAGCCUGAAGACCCGCGUCUCGGAGCUCGAGGUCAUCAACGACUUCAUGCAACGGCGCCUCGGCCAGUACGAGCCGUAUGCCGGUGCCGAGGGUCAAGACGCUGGCCACCAGACGGAGGCGCAGCUGCGCGCCCAGCUCGAUACUGCUGGCCAGACCGAAGGGCAGCUCAGGGCCCAGCUAGAAGACAGCCACCGUCGUGAAAACAUGCUCAAGCGUCGCCUCGAUGAGCUGGAGUUGGAAUUGAAAGAGGCCAAGGAGUCCCUGGAAAUGCACGAGAACGGUCGCGCAAAGAAGCCCCGUCUCGAGGAGCCGCAGAUUGAGCCGCAAUUGAUCGAGCCGCUACUAGAGCAGCACCCUGAACAGCAGCCCGAGCAACAACCCGAGCAACAGGUUGAGCUCCAGGCUGAGCAACAUCACUCCGAGCAACCUGACCAGCCCAAGGAGGCCGAGCAGGUCGAGCAACAGCCCGCAGCUGAGGCUGCGGCUGUCGCAGAGGCUGCCAUGGAAGCCAUGACAGCUCCAGAGGAAGUCAAGGCUGAGGCUCCGGCUGCAGAGACGGCCGAAUCAUAG